AUGGUAUUGAUCUCUCCUCUUUUAGCCGGCUUGGCCGUAGGCAUAGGUGUGCCGAUUCUUCUGUUUUACGUUUACGGUGUGGUACCGGUAUCUUUGUGCCGAUCGGGAGGAUGCGGAGGCUCUUCUGCUUCCGAAGACUCGAACGUCAUCACUUCCAGAGCGGCCGACACGACGUCCAUGGACGCUGUUAGCACCAAAGGGCCGAAUCCUUCUAUUGGAGAAGCUAGUCUUUCGCUUGCCAGCGGUAGUCAAGUACUUAGAGAUAUAGAUAGGGAAUCUGCUAGCACAGUAGCUCUCGCCGGCAGUUUAAAUCAAGCAGGUCAAAGAUUGGAGGUUCAAGCAGACCUGGUAUCAGCGCAAAGAUUCAGCCUGAGUAGCCUUAGCGAAUCUGUCAAUGCUAGUAUAGCCGAUGACGCCGGUGCUAGCGUUAGAGCUCUGGCAGGAUCAAUGCUUAAUUAUAAGGCUCCUGGUAGUGAUUCAUGUAGCUGCAUUACGACAGAAGACUGCACAUCGGAACGUGUCCGUUUCGAUGACAACGUCAGCUUUAUUACGUCUUCUCAAGCCGAAAAGACCAGCAUUGGAAGCAGCUGCAGUUUCCGAGCUCGAUGUGCUACUAAAUCUGCAUUGUCUAAAUCGACCGCUGCUGACAAGAUUAGCGACACGCUCAGCAACGACAGUAUAUGUAUAGAAAUAGACGAAAAACCUAAGAAGUAUUCUUCUCAAGCAGCUAUAUUGCGCAGUCAAUUUUUCCAUUCCAUUAACGACGGCAAACCCACUACGAAGAGUCUCGACGAUAAGACCAUCAUCGAAGUGUCCAACGAGACAUUGGACAAACAAUCUCAACCACUUAUAAUUACCGAGAACGGACCCGUGGUGGUCAAGCUGUCGUCUUCUCUCAAUUUCGAGAAUUCCAAGUUAUAGUUACCCUAGUUUUCUUAGAGACUUUUAUUUGUUAGAAUAUUUUUUGCUAAGACUGACAAUUCGGUAUAUAGGUCACGUUUUUGAAAAUAUGUUGUAGUGCUGAGGUAGGAGAAACAUUUUCGUAUCAUCAUAAGUCCGAGACUGUUUUUCUUCUAAACAUCCGAAUAUUUUUCAUUUUGAUCAGUGUAGAUUUCACACAAACCAAAUGUGAACCCUCUUUGCUUGUUAUGGGAUUUUUUUACUGAAAUUCAUUUUUGUAUAUCUGGCUGUGAUCAGUGGGGUUACACAGAAGGGGGGAAUAUUAAAAACGAUAAUAUUACUUUAUCAAAAUUUAACUCUCACUCCCUCUAAGCGGAAAAUUCGCUAAUGGCAGAUAUCUAGAAUGUCAAAAGGAUUAAGCUCUUGAUCGAACCCUACGUGACCGGGCAUAUUGGAGUAUCUCUCAAACAUUUUCUUACUAAUCCGGACGUCCCGAGUAAAACCGCUUUUGCAUCGUUUACUAAUACUUAGCUAUUUAAUGUUCUCAUGGAGGUUCUUCGCAGUGACACCAGUGGUAGGGAGGAUUAUUUUAUUAUUGUCAUUAAUAUUUUUUAAUAGAGUCAUAGGCUGUCACAAAACUUUCGAAUCUUCUUGGCAUAGAUAAAAUUAAAUGUCGCAUGUCCCCCCAAACAUUUUUAAUAACUUCCCACAAUGCACUACCUACGAAAACUAAACACUGCCAUUUUCCAGCGAAAACUCUUUAUAUAACUUUUUGACUAUGAAGCUCCUUGAAUUUUCAAUGGAGUUCAAAUCGGGUUUUGCUCUGCAUGACAAUACAUUUUGUUAUUGUUGUUGACUCACUCACUUACCAUUCGUGACGAAAAUUAUCCUGUAAUAAAAAUCGAUGAUAAACAGUUACAAAUGUAUAAAACUAAUUUUUUCUGCUGUUAGACGAUCGGAAUCGGAUGUUUUUUCUUGUGCUUUAACAGCCGUUUCAAAAGAAUUUUGACAGAUAUGUUUUUCGAGAGAAUUUUCUUCAUUGUCAUUGAGACCUUCUCUCCACCUUGUCUGGGAUGUCUUCACAAUCUUUUUUGUUUUUGAUAUUAUUUUAUAACGAUAAAUAUGAAUACUUUACUGGUAUUUAAUUUAGCAGCUACUUUACUUAAGGAUCAAUUUUCUUCCAAUUUAGUUAACCCUUAGUUAAAGGCUACAGCAUUUUUGAAAAUUUAUUUAUCAAUGAUUUUUAAGAGCAGUUACAAUUCGGUUUCGUUAACUGUACAUCUUGCAUUUGUAAUAACGAAGUAAUGAAAUAUAUAUUGAUUUAAAAUCAAUUGACACUCAUGUAUCAUUCGGAUACUAUUUCUUACUUUUUAGUGCUUCUAAUAUGAUAUUCUUAAUGUCUCCUCUUUUUUUAAUGUAUAGUUUAAAUACUAUUGAAGAUACGAGUUUGUUUUUACUAUUUUUUAUUCAACAAUGACUGUACAACUUAGCUGAUUAUAGCAGCCAGUAUAGUAUAUAUAAAGAAAGAAAUAAAUAAAAUUGCAGUCGUUUUCAUCUACGUAGAUUUCAUUAAGUUCGAAAGCUUACUGUGAUGUUUAAUGAUCAAAUUUUAAAUAUCGUCAUCUUUUAUCUUUCUUCCUUUAUAUUUAGAACAAAUGUUGAAUACCUCAACACUAUUACCAUUAGGAAAUUCGCUAAAUGACUCGUUUUGCAAAAAUAUUACUUUUUGUAUGACGGUUGUAUAUUUUAUACUGAUUUUAGAAUGGUAUGAGGAAUAUUAAAAUAAUUUUUAUUUACAAUGAAUUUUAUAUAUUUUGUAAGGUUUUUGUCGUAUAUUUGAGAGUUAUUAACAGUAAAAAUGAAUGAUCUUUUUCAGCUGUGAUUAGAAACAAAGUGAUCCUUUGAAGGGUCUGUAAAAUAAUGAUACUGUAAGAUAUUUUAUUUAUUAUUAGUUAUUAUCAUAUUAAAACAAUUGAUUCCUUGUCUAUGCAAUGCUCCAUGCACUUUUUGCCAUCUUCCAGACUGCUGAAAGGCUUCUUAUGUAAACUCCUUUUUUUCAGCUGUUAUUAUAUCAUCUGCAUACGCAAUUAUUCCGAGUUGUUUUGGUGAUUAAAAUAGUUCUUUUAUAAUGAAAAUUACAUAUUAUAUUUAUUUUAACAUUUCGAUUUCCAAUCUGGAUUAGAAAGAUCUUUCUUUCUUCUAAACUCUUUCUUUCUGAUGUGGCUUUUCAAUCUGCUAUUAUUUCAAAUGUUUUCCAUUAUUUCAGUUGUUUUCUAUCCAUGUUCAUUCGAUCUUUGUUUUUAGCUUUCCGUACAAUUUACUGAUACAUUUACAGUGAUUAUAAGAUCUUAUGUUCCGCUUGAAGAGUUCCAUCUAAGAGACAUAUUGUGUAGCUUUAGAAUAGGAGGACUUUUAUUACUCCUCUUCUUUACUCUUCCGUUCUGCUCUAAAAUCGACUAUUUUAUUAUAUGUUUUCAAUUCUAUUUUAAUUGUUGUCUGCCAGUUUCCUUCGUUAUUUGGUUUUGUCUUUGCUUACUAACUAACUUAUAAAUGAUCAGUGAUUAUAAGAAGUUUUGAACAAGAAACGCGUGGCUUCAGUGUAGAAAGAGACCUUUUUUUUUCAAUUUUUUUCACUGCUCUGGUUGCUAUACCUUUUUAAAUAUUUUAAACAUUUUCAUUUAUAUUAUAGGAAUUAUCUAUCACGUCCUUUCGUUGUUUUUUGACUAUCCUUACUACUUGCUUGAUAAAGUUUACGUGAUUACGUGAAGAGCUCCAAACGAGAUUUUGGAAAUAUGUAUGUAGCUUCAAGUUAGGAAUUCCUUCACUCUUUCUUUCUAGUGUGCUUGCUAAAAUUUCGCAUUUGAGUUUUCAUUUCUAUUGUUUCUUAUCAAUCAUCAAACAAUGACAAAACUUGAUCAUAUCUAUUAAAACUGGUUCUAAUUUUGGCUAUAUUAAAUUGAUGUAAAAACGUUUUUAAUUUUAGUCCUACUUUAAGUUACGAUAGUGUAAAUCCUUAUUUACAGUAAGUACUCAAAUAUCAGAAAAGAAGGAAUGAGUAAGGAAUUUUUUAGGAAGUAUACAUUUUACUCAAAACAUAGGUCAUUAAAUAAUAAAAAGUGAUACUUUUUAAAUAAAACCUUUUCUAUAUUUUUAAAGUUCCUCAUACUUAUAGAAUACGGCUUUAUCAACUAUGUGUAUACUUGUCAAGUGGAAAAAUAUUGUUUAGUCGAUAUUUUUUUAUAUAUAAUCCUCCCUUAGCAAUCUUUUGUCGUGUGAAUGUUGCUCUUUAAUAUUAUUGUUCGGAAAUCUAAACAACUUUUUCAUGUUAACAGAAUCCUUUCAUCAUUUCAGUUACUUAUAUACAAUAUUUUGAAGAGAUUAUUUUUUUAAUUGUAACGUGUAUAACAAAGAUAUAUCUCAAAUAUAAGUUUAUUGUCUUAU